UCUAAUCUGUUAAAUUUUUUGGUCAAUUUAUCGCUCUGAUACUCCGCGUACACUACAAUCGAUUCGAAACGUAAACCCCCGCUCCGUUGGGAUGGAAAAUCUACCCUAGCGGCGCAAUAACUAUUCACAAUCGUUCAAGAAUUUCUCUCAGUAGAAGGAGAUUGAAAGCUUAAGUUUGCAGUGAUGGCGGAACUGCAGAUAACGCCGACAGAUGCUCCAGGCAAGCAAGUAAUUGAAACGCAGGCAGCAGGUGUGGGAAUUCUUUUGCAGAUCAUGAUGCUCGUGCUUGCCUUUGUGCUGGGGCAUGUCCUCCGCCGCCAUAAAUUCUAUUAUCUUCAUGAGGCCAGCGCUUCCCUGCUCAUCGGUCUAAUUGUUGGUGGUUUGGCAAACAUUUCAAACACAGAAGAGAGCAUUAGGAACUGGUUCAACUUCCGUGAAGAGUUUUUCUUUCUGCUUCUGUUACCUCCAAUAAUUUUUCAAUCGGGUUUUAGUUUGCAACCUAAACCAUUCUUUUCAAACUUUGGUGCAAUAAUCACAAUUUCUAUAUUGGGAACAUUCAUAUCAGCAAUUGUGACUGGAACUCUAGUUUAUCUAGGAGGACUGUUUUAUCUAAUGUAUCGGUUGCCAUUUCAAGAAAGUUUGAUGUUUGGUGCUCUCAUCUCAGCAACAGACCCGGUUACAGUGUUAGCCAUCUUUCAGGAACUAGGUUGCGAUACUAAUCUCUAUGCCUUAGUGUUCGGAGAAUCUGUUUUAAAUGAUGCGGUGGCGAUUUCUCUAUACAGGACAAUGUUAUCAGUUCGUAAACAUGCAGUAACAAAUCACGCUUUAUUCAUUGUAGCAUGGAGAUUUCUGGAAACAUUUGUUGGUUCGAUGUCCACAGGGGUUGCAGUGGCGCUGUGUUCCUCUUUAUUGUUCAAGUAUGCGGAACUUGGUGUUGACAAUCUGCAGAAUCUGGAGUGCUGCUUGUUCGUACUCUUCCCUUAUCUAUCAUAUAUGUUAGCUGAGGGUUUUGGUCUUUCUGGAAUUGUUGCUAUACUGUUUUGUGGAAUUGUUAUGAAACAUUAUACAUUUUCAAAUUUAUCAGAGAAGUCACAAACUUUGACAGCUGGAUUUUUUGAACUAAUCUCAUCUUUGGCCGAGACAUUUGUGUUUAUUUAUAUGGGUUUGGAUAUCGCAACUGAACAACAAAGCUGGUCACAUGUUGGGUUCAUCUUUUUUUCAAUCCUUUUCAUUGUUGUUGCAAGGGCGGCGAAUGUGUUUCCUUGUGCUUACUUGAUCAACUUUGUGCGACCAUCACAGAGACAAAUACCAAUGAAACAUCAGAAAGCCCUUUGGUAUAGUGGGCUGAGAGGGGCAAUGGCAUUUGCUCUUGCACUACAGUCGGUUCAUGAGCUACCUGAUGGUCAUGGCCAGACAAUCUUUACAGCUACUACUGCUAUUGUUGUUCUGACGGUCCUGCUGAUUGGAGGUUCAACAGCUACAAUGCUUGAAGCUUUGGAGGUUACAGGUGAUAGCCAUGGCACUGAUUUUGAAGAGGAUUUGGUAGAAGAAAGUGAUUAUAGAGCUCCACAUGAUGAAACUGGUAAUUCAAGUUCUGGUCAGAAUCUAAAGAUGAAACUCAAAGAAUUUCGGAAAAGCACUGCAACUUUUAGUGCAAUAGACAAGAACUUCCUGACCCCAUUUUUCACUGCAAAUGGAGAUGCACGUGGGCAUAGAAUGUCAAAUGGGAAUGAAGCUCAGGAUUCAGCCAGGCGAAGUUUGAGGAUUUCAAAUGAGAAUGGAAGUUCUACAAGCUCUCCACUGUUGCAAAUAACUCCAAAUGGUGAAGACCAGAACAUGGAAAGCACCAGUGACAAAAGAUCUAGGUGGCUUUCACCAGGGAGUCAUCUUCAAAAUGACAAGUAUAGAAAUAUGUAUGCACAGAGUAAAGAUAACAGAAUACCUGGUGAGGUGAAUAGUGGUAACCAGAUAGAUCGGACAUCAUCAGCUGGCACUAUUCAAGAUAGGAAAUCAAGAUGGCCAUCUCUCUGAGAGUAGAAUGUAGCAUUCCUCUUUGGAGAUAAUCUCCCCAGGUAAAUAACCAUGCUGAUUGUGCUACCUGAGUUCAGACAACUGGAGAAUAUUUGUGUUUCUAUUCACAGUAACUUUUGUCUGUUUCCAAGCUCCCCAGGUAAAUAACCAUGCUGAUUGUGUUACCAGAGUUCAGACAACUGGAGAAUAUUUGUGUUACGUUUUAAGAUGGUAAAUUCUCUACUAGCAAAUUGAGCACAAGAAUUAAGCAGAGUGAACUGGAGAUCAUUGCCAUUCAUUAUGAAGUUGGUGAUCAGAACAAUCUAUCUCCACGAGUGCAAUUUCUGGGCAAUUUUUUGAAUGGAGAAGGGUUCAGUUUGGUACAAUUUUAUUUACAGUCCACGGAAGCCUUUAGUUGUAAGUUGGGAGGAAUAAAAGUUCUAAGUGAAAAAAAUAUUAUAGGCAUGCAGACUGUUUUUGGAGGUGUUUGAGGGCAUUGAUAAUGGACGAAUUAUUGAAAUAUUAGAAUGAUUUCCAAGUUUUAACAUUGGUGUUUCAUUGAAAACACAAAUUAAAAUCCUCAAGGUUGAAUGCUUUUUACGCUCAGUCUGAAGAUUGGCAAUUGCCAUUUUAAAAAUGAGCCACCUCCUUUGUUAAUGUGCACAAUUGCAAUUAGAUAAGGCAAAAUUUAUGGUAAUUCAUUUCAACA